GUUUGGAGAGAAUGUUGUGUUUAAUCAAUUCAGAACGUCGAGAUGGAGCCCAACUCACUUAAGUGGGUCGGCUCACCUUGUGGUUUGCAUGGACCUUACAUUUUCUACAAGGCAUUUAAAUUUCACCUUGAAGGUAAACCAAGAAUUUUGUCCCUGGGCGACUUUUUCUUUGUGAGAUGUAAGCCAGGCGAUCCGAUCUGCAUAGCAGAGCUACAGCUGUUGUGGGAAGAGAGGACGACCAAGCAACUCUUAUCAAGCUCCAAACUUUAUUUUCUCCCAGAAGAUACUCCCCAGGGAAGAACUGUCAGUCACGGAGAGGACGAGAUAAUUGCUGUCUCAGAGAAAGUGAUAGUAAAGUUGGACAAUUUAGUGAAAUGGACAGUCUGGGAUGUCUCAGAGUGGACUUGUGGCCUCAGAUCAGCGUCCCUAAAUCCAUCCAUAUUGAAGGAGCGCGGGAACGGUCAGCAUGAUGCCCUGCACAAGUACCGGGACUCAAUACUCAACGGUGGCCUCAACUUCAAGGAUGUCCUGAAAGAAAAGGCAGAACUGGGGGAAGAUGAGGACAGUAAGAGAGUGCUGGUUCUGAGCUACCCGCAGUACUGCCGGUACCGGUCCAUCAGCGCACGGCUGAGAGAGCAGCCCUCCUCUCUGCUCACGGAUCCGGUGAUUCUGGCGCUGGGCGGCACCGCCUGCCUCAGCGGCAGCACCAGGAUUCUGUACUGCCGUGAGACCUUCGAGCACCCCACGCUCAUCCACAGCCACAGCAUCAGCGAGGAGUUUGCUCCCAAUCUGAAGGGUCGGCCCCGGAAAAAGAAAGCAUGGCUCUGUCAGCGCCGAGAGGGGUGGGGCUCAGGGUGGGAGGCCAGCAGCCUGGAGACUGCCCCACCUGCCCAGAUGAAAGCAGACUGUGUGACCAGGCCCAAGAGCAGCGGGGGAUGCAAGCGCCCCCUAUUGGAGGAGCGGAGCGGGGCCCGGGCAGAGGGGAGGGGUGGGCCUGAGCAAGCCUUCCUCGUAGCUCUCUAUAAAUACAUGAAAGAAAGGAAUACUCCUAUCGAGAGGAUACCUUACCUGGGAUUCAAACAGAUAAACCUUUGGACUAUGUUUCAAGCUGCCCAGAAACUAGGAGGAUAUGACCUGAUCACGGCUCGCCGCCAGUGGAAGAACGUCUAUGAUGAGCUGGGCAGCAACCCAGGCAGCACGAGCGCGGCCACCUGCACACGCAGACAUUACGAAAGGCUCAUCCUCCCAUACGAGAGAUUUAUCAAAGGGGAGGAAGAUAAGCCCCUCCCCCCAGUCAAACCCAGAAAACAGGACUCCGCCACUCAGGAGGGACACAGCAGACUGAAGACUGCUGGGGGGAAAUGCCCAAAAGUCCCAGCCAAUCAGAAGCCCCCGGGGGAGAGGGAUGCCUCACUGGAGGGCAGGAAGCUCUCAGAGGUCUGCGAUGGCAAGGAAGGCACCGGGGCCCUGGAGCUGCAGGACCAGCGGCCUCCACAGCGCCUCCUGCAGGAGGAGAAGGAAGAGCCGCAGCUCACUGUGAAAGAGGAGGCGGUGUGCAGUGAUGUGCAGGAUGGCAGAGUCCUGCUUCCCAACUGGCCCUGUGAGCGCGGCACUUCCAAGUGCAACUGUGGGGAUGAUGAGACGCCCACAGCCACCCCCUUCCCCCUCCCCCUCCCCCUCUCUCGCACAGCGGAGGCCGGUGCGUCUGACCCCGCCCCCCUCCCCCUCUCUCGCACAGCAGAGGCCGGUGCGUCUGACCCCGCCCCCCUCCCCCACACAGCGGAGGCCGGUGCGUCUGACCCCGCCCCCCUCCCCCUCCCCCGCACAGCGGAGGCCGGUGCGUCUGACCUCGCCCCCCUCCCCCUCCCCCGCACAGCGGAGGCCUUUGCAUGUGACCCCGCCCCCCUCCCCCGCACAGCGGACACUGCUGCGUCUGACCCCGCCCCCCUCCCCCUCUCUCGCACAGCGGAGGCCGGUGCGUCUGACCUCGCCCCCCUCCCCCUCUCUCGCACAGCGGAGGCCGGUGCGUCUGACCUCGCCCCCCUCCCCCUCCCCCUCUCUCGCACAGCGGAGGCUGGUGCGUCUGACCUCGCCCCCCUCCCCCUCCCCCGCACAGCGGAGGCCUUUGCAUGUGACCCCGCCCCCCUCCCCCGCACAGCGGACGCUGCUGCGUCUGACCCCGCCCCCCUCCCCCUCUCUCGCACAGCGGAGGCCGGUGUGUCUGUGGGGAGGGUGGAGGUGUCCGGCAGCAGGGAGGCUCAGAGCCAGGUGGGGCUGGUGCUGCCCAUGCUGAAGCAGAGAGCCCCAGUGGAACCUGAGGAGCCCUGCGGUCUCAGCCCCACGCCUGCCCUGUACCCCUCCAGUGCUGCCGCCAUGUCUCCCUUAGCCAAGAAGAAACUGCUGUCUCAGGUCAGCGGGAUGGCCGCGCCCAGCAGGUACUCAUUUGCUCCGCCUCCCGGCACAGAGACAGCGGCCGUCGCUCGGCCCUCGGUCAUCCAGCAUGCUCACAGCUUCAAACCUCGCACCCCCGAGGACAGGAAGCAGGAAGUGAUGUCAGAGCAUCUGCCGAGCCCCCGUGGGGAUGUGUACCUGCAGAGGGAAGCCAUGCGGGACGUUGUGGAGAGAGAGGCAGACAAACCGUCGCCACCGCCACAGGAGCUAAACUUCCAUAGCAGGUAUUACCCCCACCCCCUACACUGCCUGCACCACCCCAGCCAACAGCAGCCGGCCACAUACCCCCACAGAGAGGUGCUGUUUCCUCAGGAUGGGGGGAAUGGCUUCUGCUUCCCCCCAAACCUGCAUUCUGACAUCCCUCACACUCUGGGUCAGGAAGAGAGAGAAGUACCCUCAGAUGACCAGCCCACAGAUUUAAGUCUCCCCAAACCUUCUCCCCAUAAACUGAGCUACUCUAAGCCUGUGCCACCCGGCCCCCCCUGUCCCACGGACAGCCUGGACUGUCUCCCCAAGGCCUGCCGCGUGCCGCCCAUGUCCUUCUGCCCUGCGAGGAGCGCCGCAGACCCCCCUAUGAGACGAGGGCGGGAGGGGGGGCGCCCGGCGGAGGACAGGCUGCGGCCAGCCUUCAGCAGCAGAGGCAGCCAGCAGAGAGAGGGCCCCGCCCGGCCGCUGAGGAGCAGUCUGCAGGAGAACGGGCCCCCAGAGAGGAAGAUCCGUGCCGUCACGCCCCUGCACCCCGCCGAGGACCCAGCCAGGACGCCUAAAACCCCAGAGCCAGAGGGAGAGCGGGAGCGGAAGGGGGCGGGGCCGCCCCUCCUGGGCGUGCAGGACAGCAGCUACAGCCACAAGUUCCCUCUCCACUCGCCCGUCUUCCCUGGGCUCUACCCCAGAGGCCUGCUGUCCCAGCCUCAGGACGUGUUUGAUGGCCUGGGCUCUCCGCUGCCUGUAGGGGGGUACCCCCACCCUCUGCAGGGCCUAAAAGCCCCGACGGUGCUCUCCCCUCUCCUGCCUCCCUUUGCCAUUCACUCCUUCAUGAUGCAGAGGCAGCUGCUGGCCUCCACCACUGGCCCUGCCCACGUUUUCCCUGCCGGAGCCUCAUACAGGCACUUUCUGUACCCCCCGCCUGCCUUCAGCACCUCUCAGCUGUCCCCUGUGCACCCCAGCACCAAGCUAUAACCCCCCCACACA